UCAUUUAUAUGAUAUAUAUCUCGAAGAAAUUGUUCAGAAGGUGAAGGACAAAAAAUUGCAAUGAUUGAGAGAUGAUCGAGAGAUCAUCGAUAAUUUUUGAAGAUUUGUUAGAAUUUGAAAGAAACGGAAAAGGCAACAAAUGAAGAUGAAAGAAUUUCAUACGUAAAUAAAAUGGCACCGUUCCAUGGCAUGGCUCUUAUAUUGCUUGGAAUCGGAUACCUGUUACACGCAGAACCGCCAUCCGGUCAUCGGACUUUAGCGGUACAACGAUUCGAUGGGGAAAAGACCGAUAAAGGCGAACGGUCGCAACGAGGUGCGAAGAGGACGUAUUUUUAUAAAGACUCGCCCCAAAAAGUGGUCGCCGUUGUGGGACAAACUGUUGUGCUGUUGUGUCGUGUUAAGAAUCUGGGUAAUAGAACAGUGUCUUGGAUUCGAAAAAGGGACUUGCACAUCUUAACGUCCAUGUCGGUGACUUAUACGAGCGACGCAAGAUUUAAGAUAGUCGGCAAUCCGGAGCACGACGACUGGAAUCUGCGAAUAGAUUACGUUCAACCACGGGACUCUGGCAUUUACGAGUGUCAAGUUAAUGCAGAGCCCAAGAUAUAUAGGGCGAUUACUUUGAAAGUUUUGGAUGUGCAGGCAAAGAUCACGGGGCCCGAGGAAGUGUACGUGAAAAAGGGAAGCACGAUCAGCUUGACCUGUAUCGUGGACGUGCAAGAUAUCCCUCCGAGCAACGUGACUUGGUACCAUGCCGGUGCGAUGAUCGAUUUCGAUGGUCCAAGGGGUGGCGUUUCCCUGGAAACGGAGAAAGGUAAGAACGGGACGACCAGCAAGCUGCUAAUAACGCGAGCCCAGCUCGACGACAGUGGUAAUUACACGUGCGUGUCGAGCAAGGUCGCUCCUGCGAAUGUGAUGGUUCAUGUGUUGAACGGUGAACAUCCCGCGGCGAUGCAGCACGGUGGUACCGGGAACAUCAACAGGAGAGUGAUUUUAUUCAGCCUGGUUCUGCUAAUGGACACGAUAUUUCGGUGAAAGAAACGGAACGAAUUUCUUCAUUGUCCAUGGCUGUUCUCGUCAAAAAAAAAUCGUCAACCCGACAUCGACGAAUCGAUCGAUGGAAUCGCGUCAGAGAAAGGGAAAGAAAGAGAGAGAAAGAGAGAGGAGAGAAGGAAAAAAUUGGAGAAGUAGGUACCUACGGCCUUGAGCGCGGCCGGGGAAACCUUGCCGGGAAUACGAGGUGGCAUGAUCUCCACCGGUGCUUUCGGGAACGCGAUCUUGAGAAGGCGUUUGCUGAUCUUG